AUGCACCAUUCUAGGGAGACUGGCCUGAGAAUCUAUGGCAGAGUGAUUGCUAGCUUCCAGGGGGUUAGGGCUGACAUCCAGAUAGCCCUAGUUACCUUUAGUCAGCGAUGGCAUGCCUAUCUAGGCCUAGCUCCUGACCAGCAGCUAGAUCCAUCAAGAUCAAAUCUAGCAUCUCACCAGCAGCUAGAUGAGGGUCUGCUAGAUCACAUGCUCAAAGAGUUUAUGCAAGAUGAUCAGGUGACCUUUAGAAGCCCUGAGCAGCGCCAGGCUUUUCAUCUUAUUAUGAAACAGGUGCCCUAUCUAUUUUUAGUGCUUCCUACUGCUGCUGGCAAAACCACACUAUUCCUUUUUGGGGCUAGUCUAGCCACUAGUCAGGUUACUAUAGUAAUAGUGCCAUUGAUUUCCCUAAAGCUAGACCUCUCUAGGAAAGCUGCUGCCUUAGGCCUUCAGCCUACUAUCUGGGAACCUGGUCAGGUCAUGCCGCUAGCCAGUUCUAGGGUGAUCUUAGUGCAAAUUGAACAUCUAGAUCACCCUAGGUUCAAUGAGCUAGCAGAUGAGCUGAUUACCCAAAAGAGACUAGCACGAAUUAUUUGGGAUGAAUGUCACCUGAUUCCACUAGCUAAAAGCUAUCGGCCAAUUAUGUUGCGUGCCUGGCAUGCCCUAGCCCUACCUGUGCCUAUGGUAUUCAGCUCAGCUACCUUGCCUCACCACCUCCAGGCUGAGCUAGUUGAUAUGAUGAAGCUAGGGUCUAGUACUACUGCUCAGGCUAGUGCUCAGGCUAGUGCUCAGGCUAGUGCUCAGGCUAGUGCUAGUGCUAGGACUAGGGCUAAUGUGAUCAUCUUCUGCCGAACAAAGCGGCUAGUGGAUGCCUUAUCUGAUCAAAUGGAUCCUGAGGCAGCCAAAUUCCAUUCUGAUCUAUCUGACCAGGCUAAGCUAGAUCAGCUAGAUCGAUUUCAAUCUAGCAGAUAUAUCUUAGUGGCUACUGGGGCCAUUGGGGCAGGGUUUGAUUUCCAUGACAUUGACUUAGUCAUCCAUUUUCUGCCUGGUGAAUAUGAGAUGACUAGUUUUAUGCAAGAAUCUGGUCGCGCAGGCAGGUCACCUGACCAGCCUGGAUGGUCAUAUUGCCUAGUGAGGGCAUACCAGCUGCAGGCUAGGCCUAAUCAGAAAGGGAAAGCCCUAGAGGUCUCCACCUUCCUAGAUUAUCUAGGUGAGCAGGUCUGCCGGCGGCGUACCAUAUCUAGGGUGUUUGAUUCUAGGGCUAUUGAGUCAUGUGACCCUGGCUGGGCCCUCUGUGAUCUAUGUGAUCAUAGGCAAUCCAGGCUAGGCCUAGCACCUCUGGCAGCUAAAUCACCAAGCCUAGCCAUAUCGAAUCACCCAACCUAG